GAGUCGUGACGUCGUGUGAGAGUCCUCCCAGCAUGCAGCGCGGUUUACCGGAAGCGGAGUGGACUUGUCGGUUUGUUUUGGUCGCAGAAGAAAGUUUCUGGAUCAGAACUGAAGUCGCGGAGCCGCUGAGCCUCACAUGCGGGAAUAGCUCUCCUCUCCGGGGCCUUGUUGAUCCGUCUGUGGACGUUCUGACCGUUAGUCGGGAUGUUUUCUUCCAACAUGGACACAAAGAGGCCGGAGAUCCCCACCGGACUCCUGGACGACCUCUGCAGCCGCUUCAUCCUGCACAUCCCCAGCGAGGAGCGGGACAACGCGAUCCGGGUGUGCUUCCAGAUCGAGCUGGCCCACUGGUUCUACCUGGACUUCUGCAUGCAGAACACCCCGGGAGCUCCUCACUGCGGGAUCAGGGACUUCGCUAAAGCGGUCUUCCAGCACUGCCCCUUCCUGCUGCCGCACGGGGAGGACGUGCAGAAGGUGCUGGAGCAGUGGAAGGAGUACAAGAUGGGGGUGCCCACGUACGGAGCCAUCAUCCUGGAUGAAAACCUGGAGAACGCGCUGCUGGUUCAGGGCUACCUGGCCAAGUCCGGCUGGGGAUUCCCGAAGGGGAAGGUGAACGAGGACGAGGCUCCGCAUGACUGCGCGGUGCGGGAGGUGCUGGAGGAGACCGGCUUCGAUAUCAAAAACCGCAUCUGUAAAGACCGGUACAUCGAGCAGAAGAUCACCGACCAGGUGGUGCGGCUCUACAUCAUCCCGGGAGUGUCCAAGGACACCAAGUUUAACCCCAAAACCCGGAAGGAGAUCCGGAACAUCGAAUGGUUUCCUAUCGAGAAGCUUCCAUGUCACCGGAACGACAUGACCCCCAAGUCCAAGCUGGGUCUGGCCCCGAACCGGUUCUUCAUGGCCAUCCCGUUCAUCAGGCCUCUGAGGGAGUGGAUCAGCCGGCUGAGAGGCGAGUCCACGGACAGCGACGAGGACUUCACCAACACUCCGGGAAAACCCGCAGACAGCCGGUCCAAGUCUCGCAGACUCGCCGGGACCGAGGCGGUCCCAGGAGAGGCCUGGAACAAACAGAAGCCGGGCAGGACUGUGGGUCAGUACGAGCUGAGGGGGAACGAGAGGAGAAGUCAGGACUCUCCUCAAGUCAAGAACAACAACGGCUCCGGUAGCCAGCAGCUGAAGAAGGACGACAAGAGGAUCCAACCACGCCGGCUGCAGGACAGCUUCGACCGAGACCUGCAGAGCUUCUCCUCCAAGACUUUCCUCAGCUUCAAGUUCGACAGAGACGCCAUCAUGAAGUGUUUCGACUUCUGAACCUCCUGAACCAUCUGGACCGGAGCUGCACGACUCCAUCGAGACAAACAUCAGCUGUUCAUCAGUUUGUUCCCCGGGGUUAGAAAACGUCACGUUGUCACGAUUUUAACUGAUCUUUCAGUGAAAAUGGGAGACAUGAUUCAAACAUGAUGGUUUCAACUCACCCCGAAUCCUUUUAAUUCUUUCAUUUUGCCUUUUUCUUACCUCGUUUGUCACAAACUCACAUUUAUAAUGGUCACUGAAUGCAUCAUGAAAGCUUCAAUGUUCGUUGUUAACUCUCCUGAUCGAUCGAUCAGCUGUUGGUCCAAACUUUCCUCUCAGACGACCGACUGAGUUCACCUUCGGACCAAAACAAAAGAACUUCUUAACGUGUUGAUAAGAUGCACAGAGUUCUGUACGGAGGCCCGGAGAGGACAAAAACUAAUUCUAGGGAUCCAGUUUGUAAAUCUGAUGUUUUCUCAGGAUAAUCUGAAUUUCUUUUGUCCCUCUGGGCUUCUGUACUGACCUUAAUCAUUCAGGCUCUCAAGGCCUGAAUCAAACCUGUGACGGGCCGGUUCUGGUCCGCGGGCCCAUGUUGGGCGGUGCUGCUGAAAGCUGUGAUGCAACAUUUCUAAAUUAAUUUACCAAUUUUAAUGCACAUGUGCUGAAAUAAAAACUCAGAUAUUGAAUUAAAACGCUCAGAAAUCAUAAAAAUGUGAUCACAGAUGUAAAAAACAAGCUGAUGAUUAUCUUCUGGAUCGAUUGAUCAGCUGAUUGAUCUAUAAAAUGUCGACCAUUGUUUCGUCUUGAGGAGCACACAGAGUAUAAAUUACCUUUAAAACGUCUCUUAAAUUUAGAGAAUGAAAAGUUGUGAGGUGACACUGAAGUGAUGACACAUUCAGCCGUGGAAUUGUCCUUUAAAUUGUUGAUUUUAAGACGUAUUGAUUAAAGUGUCGAUCGGCUCGCUCGGUCUUCACAGUGGGUCCCAAAAAUGUUCUUAUUCUUAGUGUUAUUGUCUUUAAUAUAAAGAUGAUGCAGGAGAAAGUGACAAGAGUUUUGAUGUUUUCGUCUUAAAGCGGAUCAAUAACUGAUCAGAUCGUUUGCUGAUGGUCGCAGCAGCUCCGCGUGUCGAGGUUGUUGUUGUUGUUUCACAUGUUUACUGUUGAUUCUUUCACUUCGAUUAAAUAAAGUUUUUCACAAAAAAGAAA